CGUGGUCUCGUCCGCCCCCGCUGCCAUGUUGGAUUGUGCGGCCGCCGCCGCUGCCGCCGCCGCGGGAGCGUUGGAGGAGGAGUUGGGAUUUUAGCGCAGUCGCCGGAGUGCGAGGACAACGACCAUCCGGCCCUAGCCUAGCCGGGCGGGAGCUGGGAGCUUCCCUUUCUGAGUACGGCCCGAAGGCGGCCUGCCGUCAGCUUCCCCCUUCUCUUGUCCUCCUCCCUGCUCCGCGGGAGCUUCGGGAUGCUGCUCAUCUGAAUCCCUCUGCCCGCCCCUGUCACCGAGAGGGGAAACGAGCUCGCCCAAGAGACGGCCCUGGACUCCCAGCCCCGCCGGCGAAACCAUGAGCUCCGGCCAGCAGCCGCCGCCCCCGCGGAAGGUCACCAACGUGGGGUCUUUGCUGCUCACCCCGCAGGAGAAUGAGUCCCUCUUCACUUUCCUCGGCAAGAAAUGUGUGACUAUGUCUUCAGCAGUGGUACAAUUAUAUGCAGCAGAUCGGAACUGUAUGUGGUCAAAGAAGUGCAGUGGUGUUGCUUGUCUUGUUAAGGACAAUCCACAAAGAUCUUAUUUUUUAAGAAUAUUUGACAUUAAGGAUGGGAAAUUAUUGUGGGAACAAGAACUAUACAAUAACUUUGUAUAUAAUAGUCCUAGAGGAUAUUUUCAUACCUUUGCUGGAGAUACUUGUCAAGUUGCUCUUAAUUUUGCCAAUGAAGAAGAAGCAAAAAAAUUCCGAAAAGCAGUUACAGACUUGUUGGGCCGACGACAAAGAAAAUCUGAGAAAAGACGAGACCCCCCAAAUGGUCCCAAUCUACCUAUGGCUACAGUUGAUAUAAAAAAUCCAGAAAUCACAACAAAUAGAUUUUAUAGUACCCAAGUCAACAACAUCUCCCAUACCAAAGAAAAGAAGAAAGGAAAAGCUAAAAAGAAGAGGUUAACCAAGGCAGAUAUUGGAACACCAAGCAACUUCCAGCAUAUUGGACAUGUUGGCUGGGAUCCAAAUACAGGCUUUGAUCUGAAUAAUUUGGAUCCAGAAUUGAAGAAUCUUUUUGAUUUGUGUGGAAUCUCAGAGGCACAACUUAAAGACCGAGAAACAUCAAAAGUUAUAUAUGACUUUAUUGAAAAAACAGGAGGUGUUGAAGCAGUUAAAAAUGAACUACGAAGGCAAGCACCACCACCUCCACCACCAUCACGGGGAGGACCACCACCACCUCCUCCCCCUCCACAUAGCUCAGGCCCUCCUCCUCCUCCUGCCAGGGGAAGAGGUGCUCCUCCCCCACCACCUUCAAGAGCUCCCACAGCUGCACCUCCACCCCCACCUCCUUCCAGGCCAGGUGUGGUCGUCCCUCCACCACCACCAAAUAGGGUGUAUCCUCCUCCACCUCCAGCCCUUCCCUCUUCAGCGCCUUCUGGGCCUCCACCACCACCUCCACCUCUAUCAGUGGUAGGAUCAGUGACAGCACCCCCACCACCUCCACCUCCGCCUCCACCAGGGCCACCGCCUCCCCCUGGCCUCCCUUCUGAUGGGGACCAUCAAGUUCCAACUCCUGCAGGAAACAAAGCAGCCCUUUUAGAUCAAAUCAGAGAGGGUGCUCAGCUAAAAAAAGUGGAACAGAACAGUCGACCAGUGUCCUGCUCUGGAAGGGAUGCGCUUUUAGACCAGAUACGACAGGGUAUUCAACUGAAAUCUGUGUCUGAUGGCCAAGAGUCUGCACCACCAACACCUGCACCCACUUCAGGAAUUGUGGGUGCAUUGAUGGAAGUAAUGCAGAAAAGGAGCAAAGCCAUUCAUUCUUCAGAUGAAGAUGAAGAUGAAGAUGAUGAAGAAGAUUUUGAGGAUGAUGAUGAAUGGGAAGACUGAUCUAUAUAUUAUAUAUAUAUAUAUUUUUAAGGUGAAAUACUAAACACUACUUUCUGUCUAUGGAUUCUGUAAAAUUAUCAUGUAAAUGUUCUACCAAUUUGCUGUAUAUUUUUGUUGCCUUUUUUGCUUUUUUUUUUAAUUAAUCUGUGCAAUACCUCAUUUAAUCUGUAAAGGUUUGUCAUAAUCCUCUACAAAGCUACUCCCUGUUACUGUGUACAAGUUUACACCAGGAUGCUCACUUGAUUUGUGAAUAUAUUUCAUUCCAUCAACAAGGGAGUUUAAAUACUAUAUGUGAGACUGACAAAAACCUUAAUGUAAUUUAGUUAUAAUGCCAGAAGGAAAACACUAUUUUCAUACCCUACUUUUUCUGUACCUAAAUUUUCUUAUUAAAAUCUAUUAUAGCACUACAUUCUUUUUUAAGUGAUGUAAACCUUAGUUUCUUUAGCCCCUUCGUUUUGAAUACAAUGCUACAUAUGAAUGUUGAAGUUGAUACCUUGCACAGUUCUCUAGACAUCACUACACUGAUGCCAUUUUUCAAAUUUUAGCAAUAUGUUCUUUUUGACAUCUCUACAAAGAUCCCAGUAGGGGAAAUCAGUUAUGCCUCUUACAGCAGCAUUGCUGUUACACAGUAGUGGUGUUUGCAGGCUGGAACCACAGGGAAUCCUUCCUUCCAUACCUGUACUUGAUUGCGGUUACAUUUAUGCUGUAACAAAUGUGACAGGCUUUUUGGCAAAACUCUUAAAAAAAUAUUUUUGAUAUUAUUCUGAAAAAUUAUUUAAGUUGGAGUUUAGAGGCUUUGGGGUAGUUUUAUUCUUCAUGAACCAUAAUGGUCAUUCUGUUUUUCAGUUUGUAUAGAUUGAGGUCUUCAAAAAUACCAACCAUAAAUAUCAAAUUAAUUAGCAAAGGUAUGUACUGUAAUGCUGAACCUAACAUACUGUAUAUUUUUCUUUUGAUAAUUUCCCAAGGUUUUUGUCAAAUGUCAAGUGAAGGGUUACAUUUUUCUUAAAAGAUUGAUGGUCCAAAUGUCAAUUUUCUUGAAACACAUAACUGAUUCUGAUUUAAUAGUUUUUUUAAAAAAAAAAAUAAAACCUUACAACCUGCACAUUUGUUUAUGCAUACUAAAUGGUGUGUUAAAAUUAGGGUGUCCUUCCCUCUUUACAAUACACUAAUUCACCUAAAGAUGGUCAUUCAUAUUUAUAGUGCUAAUUAUCGUAUCUACCUACUUUGAAUUUUAGGUAGAAAAUUAUCUGAUUUAAAUACAGACAUAUUUUUCUCACAUUGAGUCAUAUGCAGAAUGUAGUUCCAAAUGUAUUUCAUUACUAUAGUCACGAUACCCAACUAAAAAUUAUUCUAUCUAGAAUUGUUUCCACCAAAAUCUAGUAUUGGCAUGAUCUUGACAGGCUGGACCUGCAAGAUGUGGCUUGAAUUUUAACCAGUUUAUCACAUAAUCUCUAGUGAUCAUGCAUCUAGUUAUCAUAAAAAUAAUUUAAGAGGUUUAGUUGAUGAAAGCAGUAAGUGGUGCAGUAAAAUAGUUAAGUUAUUCAAAGAAUGUUACCUUCCUUGCAAGAGUAAUUUAAGCACAUGGGAAAGAUUCUAGAUUUUUGUUUCUUGUAAAAACAGCGCCCUUUGCUGCUAGAAACCUUUUCUGCUUACUAUUAUUUUUAUUGUGGCUUUAGCUCAGUGAAUCUGGUGUGGAUAAGGUUGGACAGCUACUAACCAAUAAAAUCAAAAUUUUGUGCAAAUAUUAACUAGGACAUUAUAAUUAUUUUAAAUAAAUAACAUUAGGUCUGGUGCAGUGGCUCAUACCUGUAAUCCCAAUGACUUAGGAAGUUGAGGCAGGAGGAUUACAAGUUUGAGACCAGCAAUUUAGCAAGACCCUGUCUCAAAAUAGAAAGGUCUGGGAUGUAGCUCAGUGUUAAAGCACUGCUGAGUUCAAUCCUCCAGUUCUGGAAAACUAAAUUUCAUUAAACAUGUCUUUUUUAUGACAUUAUAAAAAAUGUUUUAAGUGGCCUAGAAAUGUAAGGUAAUGCCAAUUUAAGGUGUUUCUUAACUUUUGGCCACGGAAUUCAGCAUUUUCUAUCUAACUUUGGUAUGAUAAGUAUUUAUCAGGAGCUUCUCUGAGCAGAGGAUAUCAAUUCUCAAGAGUUGGAAACACACAUAAAAGAUGGGUAUAUAAUUUGCCAAAGGCAAUUGAGUUUGUUCUUUUUUCUUAAGGAGAAAAAGACCUUUUUGUUGUGAUUGCACAAAGUCUAAGUUUCUAUUGGUUGAAACACAACAGCUGUGGAGUUCAGUCCAGUUAUGAAAACUACAUCUUCUUUACUGAGUAAGACAAAGUUUGCAUGUUUCAGUCCUCCACCGUUCUGCACUGUGGGCAGCACUAUACCUGUGCAUUGUCUGAAAGCCUCCCAUAUAUACUCCAGCGAAAUGAUUGUCUGGUAGCCUUCGCAUUUAACAAACUAGCAUGAGGCUUUUUAUAUCUAAAUGCUAUGUGAUAGACAAUUUCAGCUAGCCACAUAUUGUAUGUAUGAGAUUCAUAAAAAUUUUCAAUCAUUCAUUUCCAUUUAUCAACUGAAAUUUUGUUUAGUAUGUGAUUUUUUUUUUUUUUGAAUUGUAUAGUGAAUAGGAUGUUGCACUGGUGGCAAUUCAUCAUGGAGCAUAAUAAAAUUAAUUUGGCCCAAAUA